GGUCAGUUCUCUGAAGACAAGCCGCGCUGCUCUUCAGUGAACGACUCCAUAACCGUACCCUAUCACCUUCUUUUUUAAUUUUUUUUCCGAUUCCUUCAUUUACUUUCCCGUAAAAUCAAAAUCAGUUUCCAGAGAAACAAACGGUGGUCUUUUUUUUUUUUUUUUUAACUUUUCAAAUACCUUACGCUUUGUCACCUUUUGCGGAAUGCCUUGAUACUCGUUGUGGAUAUGGAUUCGUUUGAUUUCGAUAACGUGAAAGCGGAGAAAGUUAAGGCGAUGAGGAGGUACAAUCGGCUUCGGAGCUUCACGAAGGCGUUUCGUUUCGUGGAAUUGCUUGUGGCUUUGCUGUUCUUGGCGUGGACCUUCGAGCGCGUGCCUUUCGCCGUCAAAAUCUCCGGCGAGUUCGUUUCGAGACUCGGCGGCGUUGUCGCUAGUCCGCUGUUCGUUUUCCUCGUCUGCAACGUCAUCAUCGUCAUUCUCGUUGCUAAGUCCGGCGUCUUCUCUGCCGUUCACAAUGCGGAUUCUAAACUCUACGAGGAAAUCGUCAAAAACGCCGAUGAUCGCUCCAAAAUGGAAUCUCGAGAAGAGAUCGUGUAUCAAGACAAGGAGAUCAUCUCUGUAGUGAGCACAUGUACUCACACGUUCGAAGAAAUGGAGCCGGAGCCGGAAUCAGACUCGGAUGCUGAGGUAGAUACUCCGAGAGUUUAUCGGAGGUGUAAGUCGGAGAAGGUGGCGAUGAAGCAGAGUGAGGAGAAAGUGAAAAAGGAACUACGACGAUCAGAGACCGAGAAGUGCCGAAAAUUUGAAAAUAUCGAUGAGAAAUUGUUUCCCGAAGACGAGUUGAGCAAUGAAGAGUUCCAACGAACGAUCGAAGAUUUCAUCGCCAAACAGUUGAGGUUUCGCCGAGAAGAGUCUCUGUCUAUUGUUCCUCAAAACCAAGCUUGAAAA